UAGUAUGGUAGUACGAAAAUUAAUAUGGAGUAUCGACAUUUCUAUUCUUUUCACAAAUGAAAAGAACUCAUUCAUCUUUCCCUAUCGUUAAUUCUUUUCCACUUUCCAUUCACCAUGAAACAUUCAAGUCAAAUGAUCCAAAUCCUAAUCUUGUUUUAGACUAUUUUAAGGUGUUUCUAGAAAUAAACAUCAUCUCCUCAUCUAUUCCAAAUUUAGAUUAAACGCAAAAUUAAACCUUAUUCAGGAGGCAUUAUAAAAGAAGGAAAGAUAUCAAAGCAAAUCAAAGCAUAGGAAAAUAAGAAACAAAGAGUAAGAGAGAGGGAGCCCCCGAGACACACAAAAGAGAAAGGAACAAGAACGAGCAAGUUCUUGCCUUCCGUUCCUUUCUCUUUCAUUUUGUUCUUCUUUUCCUCAGGGGCUGCUCUCUCUCUCUCUAUUCUCAAUCUAUUGCAAUGGCCUCGACUGCUUUCGUUGGAACCCAACAAAAAUGCAAGGCUUGCGACAAGACAGUGUACCUCGUCGACAAAUUGGUUGCCGAUACUCGCGUCUACCACAAGUCUUGCUUCCGUUGCCACCAUUGCAACAACACCCUGAAGCUGAGCAACUUCUGUUCAUUCGAGGGAGUCCUCUACUGCAGGCCUCACUUUGACCAGCUCUUCAAGAGAACUGGCAGCCUCGACAAGAGCUUUGAAGGAACUCCUAAAGUCACCAAGCCUGAAAAAACCAUUGACAGUGAGAGCGCGAGCAAGAUGUCAAACAUGUUCGCGGGAACAAAGGAGAAGUGCAAGCAGUGCGCGAAAACUGUGUACCCAAUUGAGAGGGUGACAGUGAAUGGAACAUGGUAUCAUAAGAAGUGCUUCAGGUGCUCACAUGGAGGCUGCACAAUCAGCCCAUCAAACUACAUUGCACAUGAAGGGGUAUUGUACUGCAAGCACCACCAUAUCCAACUCUUCAAGGAGAAGGGCAACUACAGCCAGCUCGAGAGCGAUAACGACGAGGAUCAACUCCCGGUUGGCCCGAAAACACUGGCUCCAGAGAUUGCUGCUGCUUGAUUUGAUUGAUUGAUUGGUUUGGAUGGGUUGAUGUUGUUGUGAUGGGUUUUGGGUUGGCCAUUGCUAAUUCCUAUUGCUAGUAGGUGGAAACUUUUGUGUUUUGUUAUUGGAAACACUUUUGAAGAUGGUUGUAAUGUGUAGGCAAGUUAAUUGGCCACAUAGUGCCUAUGAUUUUCAACCUUUGAAGAAAUAUAACAAAAAAAAUUCCAUUCUUUGGUCUCUCAAUGUGUUCCCUUGCUUUUCUUUGCUAUAAGUCUAUAACCCAACUAAUCGUUUUGAGGUAGAUAACAUAAUGGUUACUAUGGGCCAUAUUUUGGGCGUAUAUGUUAUACUCUGAUAUAAAAUUAAACUCUAAUUAUUAAUUUUUAUAUUUUAAACACUAACAACAUAAAAUUACAAAUACUUCAUGAAUUGGUGAUCAUUAGAUGAAAUUAUAAAGUUAAAUCGAGCAAAUUUUAGAAAUACUUAAAAUACAACAAAAUAGUACAUAAUUCAUGUAGGUUCAUAAUUUUUUUGUUCUUUCUUUUUUAAUAUUUGCUACACAAUAGUAAAUUGAGUAAAUUUUG